CGGGCGCAGCAGCGCAGCCAUGGCCGCCGGCUCCGCGGCUCCCCGCGUCCUCAACGUGAACGUGGGUGUUUUGGGCCACAUCGACAGCGGGAAAACGGCGCUGGCGCGGGCGCUGAGCACCACCGGCUCCACCGCCGCCUUCGACCGGGCGCCGCAGAGCCGGGCGCGGGGCAUCACGCUGGACCUGGGCUUCUCCUGCCUGCGCACCGCGCUGCCGCCGCGGCUGGGCCCGGGGCCGGGCGAGCUGCAGUUCACGCUGGUCGAUUGCCCGGGACACGCCUCCCUCAUCCGCACCAUCAUCGGCGGUGCCCAGAUUAUUGAUUUGAUGAUGCUUGUAAUAGAUGUGACAAAAGGGAUGCAGACACAGUCAGCAGAGUGCUUGGUAAUUGGCCAAAUUGCCUGCCAGAAGAUGGUGGUAGUUCUGAACAAAAUAGAUCUCCUGCCAGAGGGGAAGAGACAAAGUGCCAUUGAGAAGAUGACUAAGAAAAUGCAGAAGACCUUGGAGAAUACUAAGUUCUGUGGGUGCCCUAUUGUUGCUGUUGCAGCAAAGCCUGGUGGACCGGAAGCCCCAGAGUCUGAGAAUCCACUAGGUGUUUCUGAAUUAAUUGAGGUCCUGAAGUCUCAAGCUUACCUGCCAUCAAGGGACCCCUCAGGACACUUCCUUAUGGCAGUUGACCACUGUUUCUCUAUCAAGGGUCAAGGCACAGUGAUGACAGGGACUAUUCUUUCUGGCUCUGUUAGCCUUGGUGACAAUGUGGAGAUUCCUGCCCUGAAGGUGACAAAGAAAGUCAAGUCCAUGCAGAUGUUUCAUACUCCUGUGACCUAUGCCAUGCAGGGUGACAGAGUAGGUAUCUGUGUAACCCAGUUUGAUCCAAAACUCCUAGAACGAGGCCUAAUUUGCACCCCAGAGUCACUUCAUACCAUCCAUGCUGCAAUCAUUUCCCUGAAGAAAAUCCAGUAUUUUCGAGGAGCUCUUCAGACCAAAGCCAAGUUCCAUAUCACAGUUGGUCAUGAAACAGUUAUGGGAAGAGUCAUGUUUUUCAGUCCAGCCCCUGCUGACUUCAAUGAAGAAAUACAAGAAAAUGUUUUUGAUUUUGAGAAAGAUUAUCUCUAUCAAGAGGAAUAUCUGUCCAAGGACUCGAAUUCUUCAGAGGACAACAAAGAAAAUGAUCAGGCAGGAGAAGUCCAGCUCCCAAAACAACAGUGGGCUUUGCUGGAGUUUGAAAAACCAGUCACUUGUCCUAGGCUGUGCCUUGUCAUCGGCUCCAAGCUGGAUACAGAUAUUCAUGCAAAUACCUGCAGGUUGGCAUUCCAUGGGGUACUGCUCCAAGGCAUGGAAGACAAGAACUACAUGGAAACUUUCCUGCCGAAGCUGAAAGUGUACAAACUGAAGCAUAAAGAAGGACAAGUGGAAAGGGUGAUGGAUGAUUACAGUGUGAUUGGUCGGUCAUUGUUCAAAAAGGAAACAAACAUCCAGAUUUUUGUGGGUCUAAAAGUCAAACUAUCUACAGGAGAAGAUGGAAUAAUAGAUGGUGGUUUUGGACAAAGUGGCAAAUUUAAAAUCCGCAUUCCAGAUGGGCUGAAGCCAGAUACCAAGAUGCUUCUUGCUGGUGCCUCCAAGAAGAGAUCUAAGGCAGGGAAGGGGGAUACCACCAAAGAGGAUGAAAGCAGCAAGAAUGAUUCAGCCCAACCUGUUACCAUCUCUCUUCUCUUUAAAAGAUACGUCUUUGACACGCAGAAGAAAAUGAUUCAAUCCUGAGAAAGCAAGAGAGGCCUCUGAUUGUGCUUGAAAAACCAGACUCUGAAAUUAAUUCAGGUGGAAUAUGUUUCUUGUCUGAGCACAUUAAACCUAUUCCUUCCUCACAAACAGAGCCUGGAAGCUUCUGCUGACUACGCGCCCCCUUCCAGAGUCUCUGCGAUCUGAUUUUGUUCUGUUAAAAUCUGCUGGUUCUGUCAUCUUUGCUCUGUGAAUCUUUGCAGUCAGUCAGAGAAUGUCACCUGCUGGAUUUGGGUGUGUGUUCUAAUAGCAGUGUUUUUCUGGAGAAUUGUUUUGGAGUUUCUCUUGGUUUAAAAGUUUACUGCCAAUAUUAAUCUAAAUCUAGUCAAGAUGGGAGUUUCCUGUGACCCACAAAAUGAAGCUGAUGAGCCUAGGUUUACUUUCCUGAGCCAGGUGGGGGAUAAAAAGCACACAGUAUAAGAAGUGAAACCUAAAAUGGAUGUUUCACAUUCCUUCAGCUACAACUAUGUAAGAUGCUAUCAGAGAGAUGGUAUGGAUCUUUUUUAUAAUUAUGAUUUAUAUCUAGAAAUGUUUUCAUAUUAAAACAUAAUGAUACAUGUGA